CCGCGUCGGAACCCGAGGGCAGCGGGAGCGGUUUCCCUUAAGAGAGGGAGAGUUUUGUGAGCGCACACAGGAAAGGCCGGGCGCGGAGCUGCGGGCGGUGGAGAAGAUGACUGCGUUCUUUAAAACGCUUCGAAAUCAUUGGAAGAAAACCACAGCUGGGCUCUGCUUGCUGACAUGGGGCGGGCACUGGCUCUACGGAAAGCACUGUGAUAACCUGCUAAGAAGAGCAGCCUGUCAAGAAGCUCAGGUGUUUGGCAACCAGCUCAUUCCUCCCAAUGCACAAGUGAAGAAAGCCACUGUCUUUCUGAAUCCUGCAGCUUGCAAAGGCAAAGCCAGAACUCUAUUUGAAAAAAAUGCUGCUCCAAUUUUACACCUGUCUGGCAUGGAUGUGACUGUUGUCAAGACAGAUUAUGAGGGACAAGCCAAGAAGCUCCUGGAACUGAUGGAAAACACUGAUGUGAUCAUUGUCGCUGGAGGAGAUGGCACACUGCAGGAGGUUGUUACUGGAGUACUUAGAAGAACAGAUGCGGCUACCUUCAGUAAGAUUCCAAUUGGAUUUAUCCCGCUGGGACAGACCAGUAGUUUGAGUCAUACACUCUUUGCUGAAAGUGGAAACAAAGUCCAACAUAUUACAGAUGCCACACUUGCCAUUGUGAAAGGAGAGACUGUUCCACUUGAUGUCUUGCAGAUCAAGGGUGAAAAAGAGCAACCCGUGUAUGCAAUGACUGGCCUCCGGUGGGGAUCCUUCAGAGAUGCUGGCGUCAAAGUUAGCAAGUACUGGUAUCUUGGUCCACUAAAAAGCAAAGCAGCCCAUUUUUUCAGUACUCUUCAGGAGUGGCCUCAGACUCAUCAAGCCUCCAUCUCUUACACGGGCCCAACAGAGAGACCUCCCAUUGAGCCUGAAGAGACUCCUCCCCGGCCGUCUCUGUACAGGAGAAUAUUACGCAGGCUUGCCUCAUUCUGGGCACAGCCACAGGAUGCCUUCUCCCGAGAGGUGAGCCCUGAGGUCUGGAAAGAUGUACAACUGUCAACCAUUGAACUGUCCAUCACAACCCGAAACAUGCAACUUGAUCUGAUGAGCAAAGAGGACUUUAUGAACAUUCGCAUUGAGCCUGACACUGUCAGCAAAGGAGAUUUCAUAAUCCUAGGAAGUAAGAAGGUGAGAGACCCUGGUCUGUGUGCGGCUGGCACCGAGUGUCUCCAGGCCAGCCACUGUACUCUGGUUCUUCCUGAGGGAACAGAGGGAUCCUUCAGCAUUGACAGCGAGGAGUAUGAAGCCAUGCCUGUGGAGGUCAAACUACUGCCCAGAAAACUGCAGUUCUUCUGUGAUCCCAGGAGGAGGGAGCAGAUGCUGCAGAGCACAUCCCAGUGAGCGGGAGCACCUUGGGGCAUUCCCAGGCUGCACUGCAAGCCACCAGUGGGACCACAAGGGAAUGUGUGUGCUUCUGUCCCCAGAGUGUCACGGGAUCCCAAGGGAAUUUUCAUGGCAAGGACCCCCAGCCCGUCCUGUUUGCUUCCUACAGCACAUGUCCUGUCACACGUGUGGUCAGUCUCUGUUCUCCCCAUGCUGAGGUAGUUAUCCCCCCUCCACAGUGGCUGUCUCAGGCUGCUUCAAGGAUGUGCUUGCACUCACUGAGUUGGGAAGGCCUGGAGUUUGUGGUUGUCCCUCAGUGGAGAUGGACUGUAGACUAAGCAAGCUCCUGUUUUGGUUCUCUCCCGCCCCGGGGCGUCCCAGGGAAGCAGCUGCUGUCUCCGGUGCCUCUCCCUCCUUCGGGGCUCUCUCAUGGGUGCUACUCCUUUGUGAGCUCUGUUUUGGUUGGUUGGUCUCAUCUGGAAAGCAAAUUGAGGUUGUUCCCCCUUCACCCAUGACAAAUGUAUUGUAAAUGCUGUUUUAAAACAAACUAGUGCUUCCUCAUUGUUUGCGUGUGUACAGCUGAGGCGCAUGCGCAUGUCGAACUAAGGGACCUAGCACCCACUCCCAAACUUUGUAACUCAACCGCAGGGGGCUAGGGUUCUUCAUUUUAAAAGACCGCUUCCCCAGGUGAUUCAACCAUACCGGGAGAAAGUGUUUUAAAUCUGCUUCGUAAACUUAAAUGUAUUAUAUACAUAUAUUUUUAAAAAUCACAUAUUUGUGUUGACAUCUAUUGUUUCCAUGGGAAGUUAAGCACUUGUCAAUGUACUUACUAGUGUUGUGUAAAUAUUGUUUAAAAAUAAAAACUCUUUCAUCAUUCUUUUAAACAUACCCAAUGUAACUUAAAUGCACCCCUUAUUUAUAAAAAUUAACUAGUAAACUAGUGUUUUACUAUUUGAAAUUUUUAAAUUUUGAAAAAAUUAUUUUUUCUCCCUUGGUAUAUUUCUAUACUACUGUGAGCAAAGGGAUUUCUUUUUUAAUAUAACAUUUUUAUUGAUUCUUUGUCAAUUUUAUACAUAUUUUGAUCAUAUUCACCCCUCCGUCCCUCCCCAACUCCUCUCAUAUCCACCUCGCCCCUCCUAAUAUUACCUUGUCUUUUCUUUAUAACCCAGAGUGUACAUUUGGUGCUGUCUAUAUGUUUGUGCAAGUCAGACCAUCCAGUAGAGGUUGUUCAACAUACCAAGGGCCACACCCUCCUCCCCUCCCUCCUCCAAGCUGCACUGUUGACUCUCUUGUGCGGCAGCUACAGCGCACAGCUGCCAGCAUGUGUGGAGAGCAUUCCUGUCUGUCCAGAAGACCCUGUCCUCUCCAGCCUCUCUCUGGCUCUUAGUCUUUUCCUACUCUUCUUCCAUCAUGGUACUGGAGUCCUGGCAUGAAGAGAGUGUGAUAAGUGUGAUGUGGAUGUCCCUCCCACUCAUGGCCAGCAGUCCAUAGACACAUAUUCUCUGUAUUUGACCAAUUGUAACAUUCUGUAUUAACUGCCUUCCACUGCACAAUGAAACUUAUGAGAUCUGA